UGUAAUUGUCAGUAGUGUUUACAAAUUCAUUGUUUUGUUUCCGUUUGGUGCCACACUCAGUGAAGGUGGAUCGCAAAUAGACAUGUUUUAUGUGAAAUGAAUGUCGCAUUUCCUGUGAAAAAUUCAACGUACGGUUCUUUACCUCCGUUAGUAGAAGGCGAAGUAUUUAGUUAUUUGACAUUAAAAGUUGAUCACAUUCUAUGGAGAAAGAAGCCGCCCGGUGAUAUUGCUGUGUUAGCACGCUGGUGGGGAGACAGCACAGUACCUGUAUUUAAGCCCAGUGACGUGAGAAACAGAGGUGGACACCAGACAUCCCAGUCGUUUAUUUACGAAAUAAAAGCACCAAUUAACUUAUUCGAAACAUACUUGGAAGAUAGCGACCAUUUGGAAUUGUUUGUUGUCCAGAAAGGUUUGAAUGAGUUAAUUGGGACAGCGAAAAUCAGUAAUUUAAAAAAGAUAAUAUAUGAGAACCCUUAUCAAGUUUAUGUGCCAAUUUUGAAUUCUGUCAGUAAAGUUGGUGAUUUACAUGUGUGUUUCGUAUUGCAUAAUGAUGACCCCCUGUCCAGGAAUUUCAGCCACAAGCAGGCGCAGUGUCCGGGUGACGAGACACGGAAACAAAUCAAAUUUCAAACAGUAAACGCUAAUAGUAAUUCGUCUCUGGCUGGUCGAAAACAUAUAUUACGAAGUGACGACCGCAAUGAGAAGCAUAACAAAGACACACACUGUCAGCAAUAUCAUUCCUCCACGAAUCUUACAGCACGUUGUAAAUCUGAUGGUGCACCGCAAUCUGCAAGGAAUUGCACAAACGAUGCACUCCUCCUGAAAGUAUUGACUCAAAGUGUUAAACUUCGUAACGCAAUGGUGAAGUCUAUUUUGGAAGACAACGAUCUUCUUGUGAGAAACAGUGCUUUGACAAAUAACGAAACCACAGUAAAAGAACGUAGUGCACUUAGGUCAGGAGAAAAUGUUGCUGUAAGUGUAGACCCUAGUGGAGGAGUUAUGGAGUAUCUAUUAGGUAAAAAGAUUGGUUCAGAAAGUAAGGACAAUCACGAGGCUUUGCGGAGUCUGGCGGCACCAAUGCCUGAUCGACUUAAAUUAAUGGAAAAUACAGACAAAAUGGAUGACAGUUUUGUCAAAAUAAAACAUGUCAGAGAAAAAGAAGUGAUCCCAUUUGAUGGAAUAUCCCGUAGCGAGCAACAGGAUAGUCAGUCAAGUGUCCCUUCUGAAAACAAUAAAUGCGACACAACAGCUAAUAAUACACAACUUCAGCAUGACAGACAGUCACUGAAUGAUAUCCGGUGGCUGCGUGUCGAUGUGUGUCGAUUCAUCUUACAGCAGGACACUGUGCUCAAAGUAUUAGGAACAAAGUUUCUCCCAAGAUCAUCAUUCUUUGCUGAGUUUGAACUACCAGUAAAUCUGGUAUGUCCAUGCAAAGGCAAGCAACAGAAGCCAUGGAAUAAUAGAGUUCAUCGUUUUUGUUCGAGAAAGCAGCUAAAUAAUGUGGUUGAAUUUGAUAAGAGCAUUAGCUGCCGCAUUCAGACAAAUGGUGGUGACACUCUCGAAAGGAUAAAGUUGUCAAACCUGACAUUCACUAUGUAUUCCCGACACAUGAAACAGAAAAGUCCAGUGCUGAUUGGUACAGGUGAAUUAUCAUUAACACAGCUUCUAAAGCCAGAUGCAUCAAACAAGCAUGAGAUUCCAGUUUUCUCAAAGCUGCAAUCUGUUGACGGUCCUCUGUUUCUGGGAACUCUGAUUGUGGUUGUGGAACUCAUAUCAAACAAGGACAUGUUAAAUAAUUCAGGAGUACGUAAUGGUAAUGGAAAACAGGAUAAUCAGCAUCAAGUCCUCUCAUCGUCAUCUGAGGAAAGUGGGUUGAAGCUGUCAGCACAAAAAGCAGAGAGAUGUAACAGUCAGAAUGAAGCAGUACCAAAAGAGAAUGCUGUACCCACGAAACUUGCUACCAAAAUCAGAUGUGCUGAUACUGAACAGGAUUCAUUGAGAGAGAAGAUAUUACUACACAUUCUUCUGCACAUCCCAGAAGGCUGUGGUUUUAGAUAUGAGACAACAUACUUGGUGACACGCAUGCUUUGGCAUGAAAAUGUGUCCAGGAGCAGUGUUCAGUCUGGCACAGAAUCUCCGAAGUACGACUUCCAUGAGGUCCUUCCUGUGUACCUAGACAAUAAUUUCUUACAAAGGUGUCAUAACAAUAUAAUGGUAACAGAAGUCUGGUGUGACAAUAAAUUACUAGGUCUUGUGAAAAUGUCUCUGGAGCCUUUCUACACUGCCUUCUGCAAUCAAACUGUGAGAGCAAAAUGGCUCACACAAAAGAGUCCUGUUGUUGGACUUGAUGGAUGGGUUGACAUUGUGAAUCCAGCAUCUGGGUUGAAAGUUGGGCAACUAUUAGUCGUCUUGGCAGCUGGCACGAAGACUCAGAUCAAAACCUUUGAGUAUUCGCUCAUGCCUGAGGUGUAUGGACUAUCUAAUGAUAAAAAAUUGAAUUGUGAACAAUUGUAUGAUUAUGAUGAAGAUUGUAAUAACAGAAUUGUGAAUCAUUCUAAUCCAAUACAUAAAAAAAGUCAUCUUUGCAGCUCUAAUGACUCAUCAACAAAACAGAAACCAGGUCAUAGACAACAUGUAGUAAGUGGAGGCAGCAUCAUAGAUACAGUGUUUCCUCCAAAAUUUGUGAAUGGUGAAAGCACUAAGAUCACUUCACCAUAUGAAAGGCAGGGAAACUAUCGCAUUUCUCAUGGUAACCCUCAUACAAACAAAGAAACUGCAAAGCCUAAAGAUAAAAUUUCCGUUAAUAACAGCAACGAUGUUUUGAUGAACAGCGCUUUUGAAUCGAGUGAAACUAACAUUGAAUCAGCUGAUUCAAAUAUGGGGAUUUCAACAUCUGAUGAUGAUAUCAACAGAAAUCUCCAUGGCCAUGUUACAAACAGAGAGAAAAUAUCAAUUAUUGGUCAUCCUAACAGUAGUGGCAAGACUUGUACUCAGAAAUACCAUUAUAGCGAUUCUGUCACAAAAUCAAAAUCUGGAAGCAGCAAUAGACACUGUACAGAUGAUAUGUUAAAUCCAGGUUUCUUGUCAUCAGAUAGAGAUAUAUCAUUGUCCCAGACAUACCAUGUUUUGGAUAAGAGAGGAAGUGAAAUGGAAUACAUGUGCUUGAAUACAGCUUCGUCUGAACUUGAUGAACAAGCGUCAUCUGUUGACAAUGCCAUUAUAGAAAACAAAAGAAGAAGACGUGCAGACCAUCAAAUAUCAUCCACUGACACUGUAUCUACAGAAGUGUCUGUUGGUUUUUCAGGCACCGUAGUUGAUACAGUACAUCAACAGGAAAAAAGGAAAUCUGAGACAUGCUUUCAUGCACACAUUGAAGUUAUAAAUGCUUUGCAUCUUCCACUUGUCAGAAGGAGUAAGAAACGUGUCCAGCCCAGUUGUUAUGUAACUUUUGAGGUCAGCACUCCUACGUGUGAUGAUGACAAGAAGCUGCUCACAACUCCAGUAGCAUGGCACACCACAAGCCCAGCCUGGGAUUGGUCAUGUGACACGUGGCUUCCAGUGCGACUUCUCAAAGAUAAAAGCAAGUCUCUGAUAUUUAAGAUUUGGAUUAAAGCUGAGACUUCAGGCAAAGAAGAAGAUAAUAUACUUGGACAUGUGUCUGUUGACCUAACUGUUCUGCUGUUUGGAAUGCCAUGGAUAUCUGGUUGGUUCAACAUAACAGAUUUCACUGGAAACAACAAAGGGCAAAUAAAGAUCAACAUCACACCACUUGAAAGUCUGACCAGAUUCAGCAUUCAACAGCUGUCCGAAGAUUAUCAGAAACUGCCACUAUUACAACAAGCAGCGUCAUUGUUUGAUACCGCAGGCAUAAAACAUAAUAAGAGUAAGAUGGAAACGAACAGUAUAUCAUCAGUGGAUCAUUCUCUUGAGGGUAUCCACUGCCCUGCUGCAUCUGGCUCUGCAAUACCUGCCCUUGACGAUUUUGGAGACAUCUCCUCAUUUCUUUCAAGUGCACUUAAAAACAAGCUGCUUGAACUGGACGAAAUAACACAAAGACUUAAGCAUCGUUUAAAUUCUGUCACGCAGGAGGUAGAAGAAGAAGAUUUAUCCGUAGAUCCUGAAUUUGAUAUGGAUGAUAUUGCAGGGGAUGAAUGUUCAUCAUGGAAUACAGAAGAUCAGACUGUUGUACCAGGAAAUGUUCUGGAGCCACAGAAACACUGUGAAACACAAACAUCUGGUGUGACAGGGGAAAGAAAUAAGUUAAUUGAAAAACCCCAGCAUUUUAACAAUGAGAAUGAGAUGGUGGCAUAUGAGAAAGAAACUUUGCAUAUACAGAAAGACAAUCUUACUCUAGAAAAUGGUCAAAGAAACAAGUUAGAUGGAGAUUACAGUAAAACAGUCGACAAGUUGGCUACACUGACAAUAGACAAGACCGGCCAAGAUGAAAUCUGUCGUAAUGAUUUUGAUUCUCUAAGCAGUUAUUUUAAGGACAUUGCAAGUAAAGAUCUUGAAUUAGAAAAUGUGUUUAAUCCAUUGUUAUUCCAGCAGUUGUUGAACUGUUCUAAUCCACAACCGUUGGUCCAACAAGGAACACACAGAUCCAGAGAAAAUCUGUGCAGUUCCCAAGUUGGUGAUGAGUUCAUUUCAAAUGUAAAUGAAAAUAUUUAUAAGAACCUUCAUACCAGUGAUGAACAAAAGGCAACAGACAACAUCAGAAGGAACACACACAACAGUGAAAGAAUGAACUUUAGUCCUUCUCUGGAAUCCUGCUUAGAAAAUACCCAUAACACAGAACAUGAUGUUAGAGAAAAGUCAGUCAUGUGUAAUGCAGGUUCAGAUUCAAUAACUUGUGCCACAAGGAAGAGUGUCAGCUGUGAAACUCUGCUUUCAAGCAGUGAGAAUCUGACAGAGGUGAAAGCUGUCAGUGAAAGUGAAUUUAUAACAAAUAAUUUUAGCAGCUCUUUUCCAUCAGAAUUUUUUUCAGUUAUGAAUACUCAAGACAUUGAGGAUGGAAGAGUGCUGGGAGAAGACAGUGUGACAAAACCAUGCAAUUCCUUAAAUGUUCUUCACACUAUGAGAAAUAAAGGGAGUUUCUUAGAAGAAUCAAAUUCUUCUGUUUUACAAAUUCAGAGGUUGGCUCCAGAAGGUGGGAAUCCAUCUGAGAACUCUUCACAUAGUCGGCAGACUAAUACUUCUGAUAAUCGUAUCUGAAGCAGUAAAGUAAUGUCUCUAAUGUGAAUAAUAACGUUUUAAUUCUGAGUAAGCAUGUUACUCAGUUUCUGUGCUUUUGUACUUUUCAUACAGUUGUUACUUUUUUUAUCUACCUUGUGUAAAGUAUUGCCACAUAGUACGUAAGUGGCUGGGGAGUCUUUUGCCCACCAAAUGAGAAUGAAGUGAACAUGUAACUAGGCUCACAAAAACUGGGAACUUGUGAGGCUGUUACUUUAUUCCUUUUAUCUCAAAUCAUGAAAUGCUGAGGACUUGAUAACUGCAAUUACUUGUUAUAAGUUAGUAAGAACUCUUCCAGUGUCACCAAAUGUGGUGUUCAGAAAGGAAAGUGAAACUGAUUCUUAACAUUGUUAGAAUUAAAUGACAUACUUUUGAAAGUGAUGUACUGUAGAACAGUGAUGUUAUAAGUUACCGGAGGUAAUUUUUCUUCCUUUGAUGAAAAGGAAGUUAGCAAUGAGAUGCUAUUCAAAUGCAGUUCGAUGUGCUAAUACUCACAGAGCACUCUCAGUGCACUGCAAGAAACCAGUACAAUUUCGAAAUAUUACUUUCUUGUAUGUUGCCUUUUUGGUGCUACUUCAAAGUAUAUUUUUAUAUAAUUUUAUAAAUGGCUUUCAAAAGACUGUCAGCAGUUCUGACAAAAUAAAGUACGCAUUAGUGCCUCUGUUUAAACUGCAAAGAAUAUUUUACAUACAAUUUAAAAUUAAAUUGUGUAAGGUCAUUGAGACUUUCUUUUUUUAUUUUGGUGACAAUUACUUCUUGUUAACAGUUUUCAGCCAUAAAUCCCCCCUGCCCCCCCUCCAAAUAUUGUAAAGGCCAUAAGUAAUAAAAAUGCUGGAACAGUUUGAUUUAUCAAAAUAGUGUGUCAUGGAAAAUAUGAAAACAGUGUGGUUAAUGGAAAACUGGUGUCUGUAGAAGCAAAAUUACCGACACCCCAUUUACUAUUGUAAGCUCUGAGUACAAAAAAAUGUUAAUGUCAUUGGUUGUACACACACUGUGAAAGAAAUGAAAUGUCAUAACCCACAGAAACUUCCAUUACUUAAGAGCAUUUCUGUUUCUUGUAUGUAUUUAUUUGUAUAUACAUUCUGUUAAUAGAGUAUUUACAAAAAACAUUUAGAUGACAAAGUUUUCGCUUAACUGUAAUGUGUAAAUGUAUUCUAUUUUUGAGGAAUUAUGAGUAGUUAUAUUGUAGUGUCAAAAUACAUUGGAUGAAAUUUUAACCCCUUGAUGAUGGUAACAGGUUUACAAGUUUCUUGUUUAUACUACAUUCCGUCAUACUGAUGACAGAAAACUGGCCCAUUUCAAAGUGCCACAAUGGAGCUUCUUUAUAAAACCUGUUGUUUUAGUACUGAUCUUAUACUGUAGUGCAGCAUGUGUAUAGUGUGUAUUAAUUUAAGAUUUUUCCAGCAUCUUCAGCAAAUGACAACAGUCUCUUGGGACAAAUUAGUCUAGUUAUUUCUGGAAUAUUGCCUAUACUGUAAACUUUGUGUGUAAUUUAUAGCAGCUUCAUUCUUUGUAAAUAGCUCAUCAAAAUGUAAUAAUAUUUUAAUGACUGUUAUGCUCCAAAAAACCUUUUGUAUCUUUU